AUGGACAUCCUGGAGCAGCCCCUGGAGGCCGUCGCCUUCCGCAUCCACUCCCUCCCCGAGGUGGCCGCGGCGGGCGCGGCGGCGUGGACCUGCCUCGCCGCCGUCCUCGCCGCGGCCGCCGCUGCCGGCGUCUGGCGCCUGCGGUCCUCCACGCCGUCGUCCACUGUUAUCGCCGAAGGAUCCUCGAAGCCUUUGGAGCUGGAUACGUCCCCGUUGUUGGUACCAGCGGAGACGGAGAGAUCGCUGGGGAGCUGGAGAUCGUCUGAGCCGACGAUGUCGUCGUCGCUGCCGGCGCUGUCGCCCAGGGAGAGGUACACGGCGUACUACCACGACAGCGGCUGCGUCGGAUGCUGCGACGUGGAGAGCGACGAGGAGGAGGAGGAUCGGGAUCCCGAAGAUGACUACGGCGUGUACGGGCCGGCGGAGACGGAUCCUUCCGAAUGGGAGGUGGUGAGGUCACUGCCUCUCGCGGCGACAACUGCUACGGGAACGUGGCGGUACAAGAGCCCGAGGGCGCUCAGCGGCAGCGUGGUGCGGCUGUGGGAUGAAGGCGCCGACGGGAGCUUCAUGGCCGCCGCGGCGAGCCGGAGACGGAGGGGCAGAGCCGGCGCCGUGUCGAGCUUCUGA